AUGUCGGGUACAGCUAUUACAAAAUCUGUCGUUACUAAUGAACCUGGUGGUAGGAAGAGGGAUGAGAUCUUUGUUGAUGUAAUUGAGAAAAUUAGUGUCACAUUCGAUUCUAGGGGAUAUAUACUUACUAGUGAGAUUGAUGGAACCAUUCAAAUGAAGAGUUAUCUUACUAGUAACCCGGAGAUUCGACUUGCACUCGAUGAGGACCUGAGUAUAGGAAUAAGUGAUUAUGGAGGUGGUGAAUUUCCUGUCAUGAAUUAUCGUAUCACUCAAGCAUUUAAGACACCCUUUCGUAUUAGUACUUUGAUUGAAGAAACAGGACCACUCAAGGCUGAAGUGACCAUUGAAGUGCGAGCGGAAUUCGACUCAAACAUCAAUGCCAACACUGCUCUUGUACAAAUGCCACUUCCUGCAUUUACAGCUCGUGUCAAGCGGUUGGACACACAACUGAUUUCAAGGAAAGCAAAUAGAAGACUGAAGUGGGGAAUAAAAAGGUUGUUGGUGGAUCUGAACAUACCUUACGAGCAAAGUUGA